ACUCGCUGACGCUCUCCUUGUGUUUUCUAUUCCACGCCACGCUACCAGUCGCGUCGAACGAGUAUAUGUGUGAGUCGCGCCGUCGUAGUCGACAGUGACUUGUGAGCAGUGUCGACGAAGAUGGUGUCACCGAGUACGGCCAUAUCUCGGCUCAUCCCGAGCCUCCUGCUUGGGACCGUGAGAACGGCUCUGGACUUUCCUGCCGAGAUGGCAAAUUUUUACACCGGAGGGGACCCGGACCAAUGCAGCGGAAUUGAACAACUGAUUCGAAGCAAGGGUUACCCUUUCGAACGCCACAAUGUGAUCACGAGCGACGGCUAUAUCAUCGAGAUGCAUCGGAUACCUCACGGAAGGGAACCCUGCAAGGAACCGUGCCACAGACAACCCAUCCUCCUUAUGAGUGGUCUCCUCGGUGACUCUUCGAAUUACGUGCUGGACUUUCCGAAGCAGUCACUCGGUUACGUUCUGGCGGACCACAAAUACGAUGUCUGGAUGGGAAACGUGCGAGGUAACACGUACGGCAAGCGUCACAAGAAAUUCAAUGCACGUUCGCGAAGAUUCUGGAACUUUUCGUUUCACGAACACUCGAAGUACGACCUGCCGGCUCAGAUCGACUACGUCCUCAAGAACACGAGCCGGACAGACCUCCUCUACCUGGGCCUCUCGCAGGGCACGCUCAUGUUCUUCACCAUGAUGUCCGAGAAGCCAAAGUACAACGACAAGGUGAAAGCAUUUGCGGGCCUGGCACCGUUCAACAAGCUGUCGCACAUGGAUGUGGAUGCUCUCGCCAUGCUGGUGCCUCUUGCAGACCAUAUUACGCGUAUGGCCAUUACCCUUGGCCAUUACGAGAUCAUGCCCCAAGGGUUCCCUAUGCUGCCACUGUUCCGAACAUUCUGCGCCCUGCCAACGAGAGCGGUGUGUUCCUUCCUGGGCGACGGCUUGACCAACCUGGGCAGCAAGUACAUGAACGAGUCUCGAAUACCGGUGUACCUCUGUUACCUGCCUGCGGGGACUUCACUGAAGAAUAUCGUUCACUUUUCACAGCUCAUCAAGUCUAAGAAGGCUACCAAGUUUGACUACGGUCCAGAAGAUAAUAAAAUAUAUUACGGCCAGGAAGAGCCCCCAGAGUACAAGUUGAGCAACGUUAAGACUGACGUUGGAAUCUUCUGGAGUCGUGGCGAUCAAUUUGUGCCACCUGCCAACGUGCGGGAGCUCAUCAAGGACCUCGGACCAUUGGUCAAGAAGAACCACUUUAUCGACGACCCGUACUACACGCACUUACACUUCGCCAUGGCGCUAAACAACCCCAGAUUGUUGUAUAAGGACUUGCUCGAGUUCUUGGAUCAAUACGCGACGUCAUCUUGAGUAUGCGUGCUGUAGCAGUGCAUAUAGGGCUUGAAGAACAGUGUGGAAGGCGUACCGCAUGCUUCGUGUGGAAGCUUGGCGGCAUCUUUCCUAUCCAAUGACUAUAUGCCUAACAGUAUGUUAUGUACAAUAUACUCUGUGUUGCCUAAUCGUUUAGCAGGUGUAUUCUUAUAGGAUGUGGGCUGAUACACCGGAAUCUAGACAGCCUCCUUUCAUUACUGGCAUUCGCGGCGAAAAUAUAGUGCGGUGCAAAUGAAGGAAUGACAUAGGUGUACAUCACGUAAUUCGGUGCAACAUAGUGUAUCAUACUGUUAUAUUGCAAAAUACGCAAACAUGAUAGAGGAGGUGUAAUAUUUCAAUAUGUUGGCCACAGAACCAGCGGAAUGAUACCCUCCUGCUACAACGGUCACAACGCAGCACUCACGCUUGCCAAAAGCAAAGCAUACCACUUUUUAUGCUACCAGCAUAAGAAUGUUCCAUUAAUGUCUUGUUCGUAGCAGCCUUUUGGUCGAAGAGUUAUAGUUGCAAUACAUAAGGUAGGGAUUACCUAUUAAAAAGCGCACUGUGAAAUUCGCGUAGCAAACGUGAUAGUUUUUGAAGGCACUACAUCAGUACACUAAAGAAAAUCGGUUGUGCCACAGUUAGCCUCUGUCAAUAUUCAUGUUACGAUUCCUGUUAAUAUGUAUGAUGCACAUAACAGAUGUUUCCAUCACUCGUAUUUCUGAGUUGAAAGCGUUUCCCCCCUAUAAAGUUAGCCUUCUUUCGUGCGCUAGCAAACGCAGACCUACUUCAGUAGCUAAGGGCUGCAUGCUAAGUAUGAAGCGGAUAAGAAGUGCAUCACAGUUGUCUAGAAAAUCACCUUGAGACUUGCCCCUGAAAUAAGUUGUACCUAUAUGUUAUUAUAAAUAGUGAUUUUUGUAGAUUGCAAAAUGCUUAGUCUCAGAAUGUAUGUACUUUUGUAUAUAGUGUAGUUUGUAACGCAGUUACAUGUGUAAAAAAAGCUUGUAAGUUGUUUAUGUCAUGUAUUAAGGUGCACACACGUCUCGACGAUGUAAUGACCUUGGUAGUUUCUGGUUCUACUCUUUUUACACGUGUAUUUGUUUCCGAAGAAGCAUAAAAUU